AUGAUUCAUGGGCCCUGCGGGUCGCAUUACAAUUACAGCAGCUGUCACAACAGCGACGGCAAAUGCACCCGGCAGUACCCACGAGAUUUCGUAAGCGAAACCAUUACAGGGAGCGAUAGUUAUCCACUGUACCGGCGAAGGAGUCCCGCUGAGGGAGGAUUUACAGCAGUGGUAAAGGGCCACCAAGUGGAUAACAGAUGGGUAGUGCCAUACUGUCCCUUACUAACAAAAGCGUUCAAUGCGCGCAUCAAUGUCGAAUAUUGCCAUUCAGUUCGCUCCAUCAAGUAUGUAUGCAAGUACAUCAACAAAGGGACUGAUGCUGCAAUGUUUGGUAUUAGGCAGGAAGGUUCCGUAGACGAAAUCCAGGACUUCCAUGCAGGGCGCGUCAUCAUUAGUAGCACAGAGGGCCCUUGGCACAUAUUCAGCUUCCCCAUCUACGAACGCUUCCCAGCAAUCGUUAUUUUUCUGCGGAUACAGCAAUGGAUGUGGCUGCGCGACGAGUUUUCUAAGACUCUACUGUACACAGACGUGCCUUCAUAUUACGUGUGGACAAAAAAGAACACCUGGGCUCGGCGGAAGUGCGGGGCCAACGUCGAGGGCUAUCCAGGCGUCAAAAAAGACGCCACACUCGGAAGGGUAUUCACGGUUCCCCCAUCGCGACAGGAAUGUUUUUACUUGCGACUCAUUUUGCACGAAGUUAGUGGUCCAACGAGCUACAAUAACUUACGGACGGUUAAUGGAGUUUUAUGUGACACUUUUCGUAAGGCCUGCCUCCGUCUCGGCCUUUUGGAAGACGACAGCCAAUGGGAUGCCACAAUGGCUGAGGGAGCUCUUUUAAAAAUGCCCUCUGCUUUGCGCCACCUCCUCACCACAAUCUUACAAGUGUGCGAACCCAGUGAUCCCAAAUCACUUUGGGACAAAUACAAGGACUUUUUGUCCGAAGACAUACUCAGAGAAGCGCAACUGCUGUGUCCAACAAUGGCUCUUACAUUCAACGAUGAAAUUUACAACAGGGCGCUUAUAAUCAUUGAGAACCUACCAAAGGGCCGCUUACGAUGCGGUCCUUGCAUCCACCAGGCAGGAUACAGGAUCAAUGGGGGAACGGGAAAAACGUUCGAAACAAAACUGCUUCUUGCAGAAAUUCGGCGCCAUGGGGAAGUGGCGCUAACAGUAGCGUCUUCAGGCAUUGCUGCCAUAUUACUACCGGGUGGCCGAACAGUGCACUCAACGUUUAAACUUCCGCUUGACCUGAUUAAGACAGAAACAGCUGUAUGCGGUAUAGCCAAGCUCAUCGUCUGGGAUGAGCGCACUGUCAGUCCCAAAACUGCACUCGAGGCUGUUAACCGCUCUCUGUAG